GACAUAUCUACAACCGGAACACAGCAGCUACAGCAGACGCAGUCCAAACAAUUAACGUGCCCGUGGAUUAUAUAAUUAAUUUGUAGCCGAGGACUUGGACGUUAUAUACAAAAUGGCGAAGCUGAACCUGCUCAAAAUGUCCAGCAGAAUCGUUCUUCCACAUCUAAUUCUGAUGAUUUUGUUCACAGAAUAUCUGCUGGAGUAAAUGAACUUCGUUGUCAGCACUGGGGUUAUGAUGUCGUUUUAAUAGCAAACUCAGAAGAAAUACACGCCACAGAUUCAUCCUGGCAGCCCAUUCACCAUACUUCGAAGCCAUGUUUCGGUGCCCAAUGAGGGAAUCGCGUUCAAAACACAUCGAGCUUCAUGGAAUUGAAGCUACCACACUUACUCAACUAGUUGAAUAUAUGUAUACUAGUGAAAUCAUUGUGACAGAAGACAAUGUGCAAACUCUCUUACCAGCUGCAGACUUUUUACUGAUGAGAGCUGUUCGUGAAAAAUGCUGUGAAUUUCUCGAAUCACAUCUUCAUGUCAGUAAUUGUUUGGGUAUUCGAAAGUUUGCUGUUUUCUAUAACUGUUCCAGUUUACGUAGGUCCUGUGAAAGCUUCAUAAUACGCAAUGUCAGUGAAGUACUCAAAACAGAGGAGUUCACACGAUUGAAUCCAGAUGAACUUUUGGAAUUUGCUUCUAUCUUCGCCUCAAACAUCCCAUUGCGCAACGACCUUCGAGCGUAUGCUGAGUUCGUUCGUCAAAGUGUAAAUGAACAACGAAGAUAACUUCAAAGAAUUGCAUGAGAUGUUCGAUCUUCUUUUUUCGCACAGAAAAGUCAAUGGCUUUUUCAAUUCUUAGGAUAUAUUUUAUUUCGGUUCUUAAUCAUUACUUAUUUCUCUGACAACGCCGACCACGAACCACCUGCCAACAUUCAAAUUGACAAAAUCCUAAGCGGUGACUGAUUCUUUCUGGUGAUGUUGUCAUUGAUAUUUUUGUUUUUUGCUACUAUUUUUGUCAGUG